CGCUUAGACCGAGCGCAGAACAAUACGUGGUGGGCACAACACAAACUUAGCUUGACACACAUGAAGAUGAAGCCUUGACUCUUCUAAUUAACAAAUAACCCCUCGCUUUCCUAACUUAGCCAUUUUCAUUUCAUUUCCAAUCUUCAUCCCACCGAUUCCAUUCUCUGCAAUCUCCACCAGCACAAGCCCAAUUUUUUCCCCACAUACCCGUUUUUUUGUCUUGAUUCUUUUUGGGUAUAUCUGAAAAUAUAUCUUCGAUAUCUGUCUGCUGUUGCUGCUGCCUAUCGGGUUCAGUUUUCAUUCUCAGGAGCUUGCUCAAAUCCUGCUUCUCUCUCCCCCCCCCCCUCAUACUUUUUCGUUUCUUCUUCUUCUUCUUCUUGGUACCUAAGGAUCUUGCCUGAAGCCUUGCUUGUUUUGCUGAUCGGCAAUGGGUGGUGUAUUAGGAACAGAAGAGGCAUCAAGAAGGGUUUGGUUGCCAGAAACCAAGGUCGAAGCUAAAAUGGUUGAAGUCAUGCAGCGGAGGGCAUCUCGAGGAAGUUCCAUGAGAUCAUUCAACACUAUAAUCUUGAAGUUCCCAAAAAUUGAUGAGAAUCUAAGAAAAUGCAAAUCCAUAUUUGAGCAAUUUGAUGAGGACUCAAAUGGGGUAAUUGAUCAAGAAGAGCUGAAAAAAUGCUUCAAUAAGUUGGAUAUUUCUUUCACCGAGGAGGAGAUCAAGGAUCUUUUUGAAGCAUGUGACAUUAAUGAUGAUAUGGGAAUGAAGUUCAAUGAGUUUAUUGUGCUUCUCUGCCUUGUCUACCUCUUCAAGGAUGAUCCAGUUGCCCUUAGAACCAAAUCGCGAAUUGGGAUGCCGAAUCUGGAGGCUACAUUUGAGACUUUGGUCGAUACAUUUGUAUUCUUGGACAAAAAUAAGGAUGGCUAUGUCAGCAGAAAUGAGAUGGUCGAAGCUAUAAAUGAAACUACAUCAGGAGAGCGUUCAUCUGGAAGAAUAGCCAUGAGAAGAUUUGAAGAGAUGGACUGGGAUAAUAAUGGAAUGGUGAGCUUCAAGGAAUUUCUUUUUGCAUUUACCCGUUGGGUUGGGAUUGAUGAAGUUGAAGAUGAGGAAGACAAUGAAGAAGACAAAUGAGUCUGUACUAUGUAAUCUAAACGUAUUGGCUCCGCAUUUAGUGUUAAUGGUUGCAAAGUGUGUCAGCCCAAGCAACUUCCUUCAGAAAGGGCUUUUUGGUUUUUCAGUUGCAAUAAAAAAUCCAAGUGGCUACACUGAUUUUUUUUUUUUCCUUUGGGAAAAAGGAACAAAAAGAAAUGAAGUCUUCAUUCCCCAAGCAUGUAGAUAAUCUGAAGUGUAAGAACGCAUGUUCAUGUUAAAAGAUGGCUGUAAACGAACUACCUCUUUAAAAUGUUACCAUAUCAAGUUGGUUGGCUUCUUGAA